AUGCCCGGGAAGAGAGCGCGCAAGAGCGCACAGCCGAGCCCCGCGCGGGCGCCGGCAGGUACGCAGGAGCCGGGCCGGGCCGGGACCCAGCACGAAGUUGAGUGUGCUAUGCAACUCAGGAGAAUUGGAGACAGAUUGAAUUGGCGGCAGAAACUCCUGAGUGUGAUAGCCAAGCUCUUCCGCUCAGGCACCUGACUGUGGGAGAGCCUUCGGAUGAGGGAGGAGACUUCUUUGAGAUGGAAGAAUCUUCGGUAGGCCUCCAUUCACCCAUUGGCAGCCAGGGAAAG